AUAGUUUUGAACUUGUGUUCUUCCAGAAGUUUUGUACAUCCUAUCAAAUUUGGAUUAAAAUAUUGUAUUCUUAACACAUUGGGUUUUAUAAGGAUAUACGUGAACUGCUCUUCAUCCUUAACCUUUAAAUGCUCCCAGAAGACUUUCUUAAGCACAAAGUACAUGGAUCCUGUCCCCUCAAUACUAGAACCUCCUACUAGCAUUAGUAACAAAACUAAAAACAUUGAUCUUCUUUUCGAAGCCAAAAAACUAAAGAUCUAUUGGAAGCCGGAUUUAGAAUACAAUUGUCUGGACCAUAGAUACUCAUCUUGGGAAACCGGAGCAAGAAUAUCGCAAGACAGACUAACAUUUAUUGGAACUAAACAUUGGUCCACUUCACUAACUCGUGGAUGUGCGGAUGCUGGUAAAUGGUAUUUCGAAUGUACCAUAAAUCAACCAGACAAGAACUGGAAAACAUUUAAAGUACGUGGCUGGGAUGGAAAUUAUAAGGCAGUAGAGGACUUAAUAGAGGAUUUUCCUGAUUUGAGAAAUUCCUUGCAACCAUCAGUUAGAAUAGGUUUUGGUACGAGACUCGCUCGCCUCGAAAGCCCAAUCGGAGAUAAUCCAUUUGGAUGUGCAAUUUUGCAGGACUCUGGCGGAGUUAUAAAUGAUGGCAUUGUUAAGGAAAGUGAAAUCUGUAGUGAACUAAAUGUUGGUGAUGUGAUAGGGUGUGCUAUAUCACUCAAAGAACCAAAAACUAUUCUUCCUGAUCCACGUGGGAAUGUUCACCUAUGGCCAUUUUUAAGAAAAGGACUCCUUACGGACGUGUCUAAUCAAACCUCAAUCAAUGAGGCCAAAAUAUUAAAUGAAGGAUCCUUUUAUCAGGUUUCCGUUAAUGGAAUAUGGUCUAAAAAUGUAAUGGAAGAUAUAUACUGUGUAGAGUACCAUCCAGGAAUCUCUACAUUUAUGGGUGGGUCUGCCACAAUAAAUUUGGGGCCUAAUUUUGUUCAUUCACCUCCGGAUGAAUCCUUCAGGAAUGCUCUGGAAAUGGGUAAUUCUCGCUAUCCUUGCAAAGAAGACCUGAUAAAAUUUUGGCUUUUGGGGGAUACAUCGGUAUUAUCUACAAACGCAAUAAUAGUGAGAGGAUAUACUGAAACAGCCAGUGGAAUUUAA